AUGGCCGAACUUGAAGAUUCUCAAGUGCAUGCCCAUUUUGUUGAUGGCCAUGAGAGGAAAAAGUCAUUAGUGGGUAUAACACCUUUACCCUUGAUGAGCGCUUUGGCUAAAAUGUACCCCUUUUUAGUAGUAGUGGAUUGCCUUUUGGACCAAGUGCUUUGGAUAUCCAGUGACAAUAAACUGAACUUUAUCUACUUGGUUAUGGAAUACCUGGCGCUAAGGGUUUUGUUUACAUCGUCGUUCAUACCCUUUAACCUGGAGGCGAUUAUAAUGUACCUGAUAGGUAUUACAUGCUCCUGCUUUCUACCUAUCUCGUUUGCAUACUAUAUAAAGAGCGUGUACAAUGAGCUACGAGAAGGUGAACCACCUACAAUGGAUGAGAUAAUGGACCUCUGUCAGAAUGUUGUCAAUAAACUAAAAACCAUAAGAGCAGAAAUGUUGAACUUAAUUGGAGGUAACGGUUUCUCUGUACGAAGGUUACUCACUGUGUGCGUCAUAUUAUCCCCUCUUCAAUACGCGCUUUUCAAGUUACGUUACCUCGAUGCAAGAGGUUUCCUACUACUAACAUUCCUGUCCGCAUCUCUGUUUCAUUCUGCCGCUGUCCAAACCACUGGCAUUCUACUUUGGAGGCUGGUAUGGGUACGGAACUUGUAUCAUGCUGCAUGGAAUAUGGAUGAGGAGUGUAUUUCAUUGAACCAGUAUAUUGAAUACAAAAGUGAGCACACCUCUGACAAAGUCCACAUAAACCUGGAUGAAAUACGAUCAGAUUUGCCGUUAGAAACAGCUAAAGACUUCACAUUUUUUUUACGUUCAUUUUUGAGUAAUCUUGGAAGCGAGAACUACAAUAAGUCGUUUGUUAUAACGAAACAAGAACCGUUGAGAAAAUUCCAUGUUCUGGAAAUAACAGUCAUUCAAAAUCAGAGGAAGUGGGACUUGGAAGGAUGGUUACCCAGAUUAAUGGAAUAUGAGCGACCUACCUUCUUGUUGGAAUUAGCUGAAAAUAAUGCUCGGAAAUGCAGCACACUAUUUGGACUGGAAAGCGAACUACCGCCUAAUUGGUUCUGGCUUGAGACGACGUGGAGGUUUGAAGAGUGGAAAUAUUGCAAUACGCAGUGGGUUGUACUAGGAGAGAACGAUACACCGGAAUGCUUUACAAGAACUCGGAAUUUGAAGCGUUUGGCUUUUUCUGAAACCAAAUAG